AUGAUGGCGGGAGUUCCACUCACACCAACGAUUCUUUUGGUGGUUAUUUGUCACAUUCUAGGUGCCAAUUCUUCAUUCCAGCCUGCCCUGGUUCUGGAUAUGGCUGAGAUUCUUCUAGAAAACUACUGCUUCCCUGAGAACCUGAUGGGGAUGCAAGAGGCCAUCCAGCAAGCUAUUAAAAGCGGAGAGAUCCUGCAGAUCUCUGACAGGAAGACCCUGGCCGCCGUCCUGACGGUCGGGGUGCAGGGGGCGCUCAAUGACCCCCGCCUCGCCGUGUCCUAUGAACCCAACUUUGUCCCGGUGAUGCCGCCGGUGCUGCCAUCCCUCCCCAUGGAGCAGCUGGUGAGGCUGGUGAGGAAUUCUGUGAAACUGGAGCUGCUGGAAAACAAUGUGGGUUACCUGAGGAUUGACCGGAUCAUCGGGGAAGAGACGGCAGCCAAGCUCGGCCCAUUGCUGAGGGACAACAUCUGGAACAAAGUGGCACAUGCCUCCUCCCUGAUCUUUGACCUCCGCUUCAGCACGGCUGGAGAACAGUCUGGAGUUCCCUUCAUCAUCUCCUUCUUCUCUGACCCAGGGCCCCCCGUCCACAUAGAUACCAUAUUUGACAGACCCUCCAACACCACCAAGGAGCUGUGGACCAUGCCAUCCAUCUUGGGAGAAAGGUUCGGCAAAAAAAAGGACCUGAUCAUUUUGACCAGCAAGCGAACCAUGGGGGCGUCUGAAGCAGUGGCCUACACUCUAAAGCACAUGAAGAGGGCAAUCAUUGUGGGGGAGCGGUCGGCUGGAGGCUCGGUAAAAGUGCAGAAGAUCAGGAUUGGAGAUUCAGGGUUCUACAUCACAGUUCCUGUUGCCAGGUCAGUCAACCCAAUCACUGGGCAGAGCUGGGAGGUGAGUGGCGUGUCACCGUCAGUUAAUGUAAUCGCUAAAGAAGCCGUGGCAAACGCAAUAUCCCUAUUGGCUGUCAGGAGUACCAUUCCGAAGGCAGUCCAGACCAUAUCUGAUAUUAUCGGAAGGUUCUACUCCUUCACAGACAGGGUUCCAACUCUCCUCCACCAUCUCGCCUCCUCUGACUUCUUCUCCGUUGUCUCAGAGGAAGACCUGGCAGCCAAACUCAACCACGAGCUGCAGUCCGUUUGUGAGGACCCUCGGCUGAUCAUCAAGCUGUCCCAGGACCAUCCAGUCAUCAUUGAGGAGGACUUGGAACCCGAGAAGGUUCCAGAUGACCCGGAGUUCCUGAAGAACCUGGUGGAUACUGUUUUCAAAGUACAGAUUCUACCCGGUAACACUGGUUACCUGAGUUUUGAUAAGUUCGGCGAGGUGUCUGUAAUGGAUAAACUUGCUGAAGAAAUUGCCAAAAAGGUAUAUGAGCCCCUGAAAGACACUGAGAACCUGAUAAUAGACCUGCGCUACAACACAGGAGGGCCUUCAGCUUCACUCCCCAUCCUUCUUUCCUUCCUCCAAGACGAAUCACAAAAACGCCACUUCUUCACCAUUUACGACAGGAUACAGAACGUCACCACAGAGUACAACACCUUGGCUGGUUUUACAGGCCCAGUCUAUGGUUCCGAGCGAGGGGUGUACAUUCUGACCAGCUACUACACCGCCAGUGCUGGGGAGGAGUUUGCCUACCUGAUGCAGUCUCUUCACCGUGGCACCGUUAUCGGAGAGAUCACCUCAGGGACUCUGAUGCACUCCAAGUCGUUCCAGGUAGAAGACACAGACAUUGUCAUAACUGUCCCUUUUGUGAACUUCAUAGACAACAGUGGAGAGUGCUGGCUGGGGGGAGGGGUUGUGCCUGAUGCCAUAGUGUUGGCUGAGGAUGCUGUGGAAAAUGCUCAUGAGAUCAUAGAGUUCCACAAAGGGGUCAGAACCCUGGUAGAGGAAACUGGCCAGCUGCUGGAGAUUCACUACGCAAUCCCAGAGGUCGCUCUUAAGGUCAGUAAGGUUCUGUUGGCCAAGUGGGCUGAGGGGUCAUACAGAGCGGUGGUGGAUUACGAAUCUCUCGCCUCGCAACUGACCUCUGACCUCCAGGAGACGUCAGGUGACCACCGCCUCCACAUUUUCUACUGCGACAUUGAGCCAGAGUCGCUCCACGAGGUGCCCAAAAUCCCCACGGUCGAGGAGGUGGGCUACAUCAUCGACGCACUGUUCAAGAGCGAGGUGUUGCCGGGGAAUGUGGGAUACUUACGGUUUGACAUGAUGGUAGACAUGGAGGUUGUCAAAGCCAUUGGCCCCCAGCUCAUAAAACUGAUCUGGAGCAAACUGGUGAACACUGAUACAUUGAUAAUCGACAUGAGGUACAAUACAGGCGGGUACCCCACUGCCAUCCCACUGCUGUGCACCUACUUCUUUGACGCUGCACCUCUCAGGCACCUCUACACUGUCUUUGACCGCUCAACCACCACCAUGACUGAGAUCAUGACCCUGCCAGAGGUCAUGGGUCAACGGUAUGGCUCUUCCAAAGACAUCUACAUCCUGACUAGUCACAUGACUGGCUCGGCCGCUGAGGCCUUCACCAGGACCAUGAAGGACCUUGACAGGGCCACGGUGAUCGGAGAGCCCACCGUCGGGGGGUCACUCUCCAGUGGGACGUACCGGAUCGCGGACAGUAUCCUGUACGCUUCGGUCCCUAACCAGCUGGUCCUGAGUGCCGUCACAGGGAAGGUGUGGAGUGUGUCUGGAGUGGAGCCUCAUGUGGUGGCCCAAGCCCCUGAUGCCCUGGCUGUGGCCCAGAGGAUCAUCACGGCCAGGCUGGUGAAGAGAGAACAGGGGACAUAGAUACUGUUUGUGGGUUUGUCUUUGGACUGUUUGUUUCAUGUGUAGUCGGUCAUUUAGAUGGUAAUCAAUGUUUGUUUUCCGAUGGAGACUCAAUUACGAUUUUUAUAUUUCCCUGAAAAUAAAUGCUUUAAAUGUAAUGCUAAAAUCCAACUGACUACAUAACACAAUU